AUGUCGUGUGAUUACAUAUUCAAGUUCAUAACAGUGGGAGAUUCUGCGGUUGGUAAAUCAUGCUUGAGUUACCGGUUCACGGAUCGAAUUUUCCCAGGCGGUCAUGAUCCCACCAUCGGUGCCGGUUUUUUCUGUAGAACAAUCACUAUAAACCGCAAAAAAGUUAAACUCCACAUCUGGGAUACCUCAGGUCAAGAAAGGUUUAGGUCAAUCACAAGGAGUUACUACAGGGCAGUUUCCGGGGCGCUUCUGGUUUACGACAUCUCCAGGAGGGAAACAUUCGAUAAUGUUGUUUUUUGGUUGAAAGAAGUCAGGCAACACGUCCACCCUGACACAAAUAUCAUGCUCGUCGGCAACAAAUCUGAUUUGGAUCCUCACAAAAGGGAGGUGACCACUGAAGAAGGCUCCCGACUCGCCGGGGAUCACGGGUUGAUGUUCCUGGAGUGCUCUGCUAGAACAGGGCAAAAUGUUGAGGCUGCAUUUGUACAGACAGCCAAAGCCGUCCUGGAGCGUAUCCAGCCUAUAGAAUCUGAUGUCGAGGAGUUGAAACACCGCGGCAUACGAGCUUUUCCGUUCCAUGGCCGCCGUUUAGCUAGCAUUUAUGUCACCCCGUUAAUUACUACGAUAAACAGAAAAUCAUCUUGUUGUUUCAGUAGCUGA